UAAGGAAAAAGAAAAAGAAAAAAAAAACUGAAACUGAUUUUUACCGAGUCUAGAAAUGUCUUGGUUAACGAUAGUUUUAUUUAUUUAUUAUUUAACGUUUUCAAAUAACAUGUGAUUAUGUGCUUACAAACACUAAAAAUCUAUGUUAAAGUCAUUAAUUAGUUUUGAAAACCAGGCUCAAGCUCUAAUUUAACAGACUGUAUAUUUCUAAAGCCUGAAAAUGGUGAAUGUUGAUCCAUACAUGGAUGUGGAAAAUAGUCAGCAGGAAUAUAUCGAUCGAUUAUAUUGUCCUGAACCACACACUUGUUUGGAUGCUGUUAGGCAUUUAAAGAACUCUGUGAUUGGGAGCAAUAAGCAAAAAGGAAUAGUCAUUCAAAUGGGUGUAUUACCAAGGUUAUUUCAAUUCAUGAUGGACAAAAGUAGUAGUCCAGAGUUGAUGAUCGAAGCUGCUGUAACACUAGGGAGUUUAGCCUUAGGGACAGAUAAACAUGUGGAAGCUCUUCUUGGAGCUGGUCUUAUUAAUGUUGUUCUUCGAGGUUUGGCAAGUCCUCACGCAAAGUUAAUGGAAGCUUGCCUAAGGUGUUUACGUACAGUCUUAUCAAGAAAAGAUGCUCCAAUUGAAGUUUUGUAUGAUGAUCCAACUCUUAUUCCUCAUUUAAUUCGUUUGGCUCAAAAUAAUUCUUCAUCAGUUCAGGAGUGUGUAAUGACAAUGCUGUAUUCUGGAUGCCAGACUUCUGAGCAUCAAGAAAUCUUAUGUGAAAAUGGAGCUCUAGAAUUAUUGACACCAUUGUUGUAUUGUAAUAUAUAUAGGGUACAAAUUCCAAGUUUACGAUGCUUGGCUCAAAUGUGUUAUCAAAACGAAAAGGUUUCUGACUUAGCUGUGUCAGCUAACUACUUAGGUAAAACAAUCCCCGAUAUUCUUGUAAGCCUGAUGAGCCGAGAUAGAAAUCCAGAAAUGCAGUUGAUAGCUGCAAAAUGUAUGACCUUUAUGUUUCGUUCUGGUGCUCUCUCCUCUGAGGAUUCAAGAAUAGUCUACAAAGCUCUCCCUACACUAGUCCGAAUGUGUCAAAAAGAUAUUUCACCUGCAGACAGAGUUGAAGCAGCUGAAACUCUAGCAUAUCUUGCAGAAGUGGACACUGAAUUGCAAAGGAUAGCUAGCAUUAGUGAUCACCUGAUACCAACUUUGGCAGAACUUUUAAAAUAUCGAGCCACAAAUGAAAAUGGUGAAGACAUUUCCUAUGGUGAGAUGUCUAAGCGAGACACCAUUCUCAGGGUUGUUGAAGAAGUUAAAAUAGCUCAAGAGAUGAAACAAGCAGCCUUCAAAGCAUUUUCUUCUCUAGCUGCUAAUGAUGAAGACAUUCGAAGAAAAAUAAUUGAUACUGAUGCUCUCAUGGAAAGCAUUGUGGGCUCUUUCACUGAUCCAAACCUGAAAGUUCGUCUAUCAGCUGUCAGGUGCCUUCAUAGUCUCUCACGAUCUGUACAACAAUUGCGUACUACUUUUCAAGACCAUGCUGUGUGGCGGCCUCUCAUGAAGCUUAUUCAGAAUGCUAAUGAUGAAGUACUCACUGUUGCUUCCAGCACUCUGUGCAAUUUGUUAUUAGAAUUUUCACCUAGUAAAGAGUGGUUUUCCACUCAGCCAAUCCUUGAAUGUGGUGCUGUGGAUCUGCUUUGUUCACUGACUCAUCGAGAAGAUCCAUCUCUACGUCUGAAUGGUGUGUGGGGACUCAUGAAUAUGGCUUUCCAAGCUGACCACAAGAUCAAGGCUCAAAUCCUCACUAUUCUGGGUAGCGAGCACCUCUUCUCUUUACUUUCUGAUCCUGAUGUUGAUGUCUUGAUGAAGACAUUGGGACUGUUAAGAAAUUUGCUUUCCACCAAGCCUAUAUGUCCACGUCUUUUGUGGGACCCAUUGAAUUUACCUGGACAGCCUCUGCAUAUCGAUCACAUUAUGGGGCUGCAUGGCAAGCAGGUAAUGCAGUCCAUUGUUCUUAUUCUAGAAGGAGAUCAUUGUAUUGAAGUUAAAGAGCAGGCUCUUUGCAUUUUGGCUAACAUUGCAGAUGGGGACUUUGCUAAAAAUUUCAUUAUGUCAAAUGAGGAUGUCUUAAAGAAACUUACUAUAUAUAUGUUACAUUCAAAUGUGAAGCUGCAAAUUGCUGCCACAUUCUGCAUUUCUAAUUUAUUAUGGAAGGAAGAAGAUGGUUCAAUGGAGAGGCAGUUAAAACUAAAAGAGCUUGGAGUUCAACAAAUUCUACAGCAGUUAUUAAAUACAACUGAUACUACUUUAUUUGAUAGGGUGAAAACUGCUCUACACCAGUUUCCUUCUGCUCCUGGUACAUGACUAAACUAUCUCAUAAUUCAUGUGUUGAACCUUCUUUUAUGCCCUGUGAUGCUUAUAUAAAUAUAUGUAAAUGUAAUAAACUUAUUGUGUUGAUCUAAAA